UUUAAGACAACGUGCCGAAAGAAUUGCCAUUCUGAGCAUGCUCCGUCCAGCAUUCUCUGCACAAAAACCUAUUCUUCUCAGCUGUUGCACAAAAGCAGGUACUUGAGCUUUCCGCACUACCGUCCUGUUCAGCGAGAAAUCUUUCAUCUCAUCCUUUCCAAUUUUCUUGCGUGAUGUUCGCUUCGCAUAGACCUCGAGUUUUUCGUUCGCGUCUCGGGUGUUGCAUCUGCGGCGCUAAGUCUUCGAGCUCAAGAUUCACGUCUUCGUCAAAAUAUGAGUUGUUGUUUAGCGGUUGCUUUCAAUUGAAUGAAAAGAGGCAAGGAGAGAUUUGCAAUGCCUGUGUACUUCUGGUCAAACGGUGGAAGAAACUUCCCUCAGGCAGUUCGAAGAAUUGGAAGCAUGUCGUAGAUAGUAAAGCAACAGUGAAAAGAACUAUGAAGCCAAGAAGAAGUUCGAGGAAUUCUAUGACAGUGGAAAACGGAAACGAAGUAACUUCCACAAUGAAUGGCACUAGAGCAACAAGUGGUCGUAGCGCGAGUUGCGGUGGACAAGAAACUCGAGAUAAUGAUGAAAUUGAAACAGAUAGUGGGGAGAUGUCACCCACCUUGAUCUGUGGCUCACCCAGUCCUAGUCCUAGUGAUGUGUCAGAUGAUUUGUCGUCAGGUUCAAUGACCACCUCUUCACAACCAGUACGCCAAGUGUCAACAGCUUCACAAACAUCUUUUCUGUUCCCAUCCCUUACCUCUUCAGCAAAUGAUAAGCUACCAUUCAUUGACCUGUCAAUGUGGCGGCGUGAAGAAAUCUGUUGUGGCACGAUAUUCAGAGGGCCUCACGGUGAGGUCCUUGUAGACCCUAAACUUCUGAACCCUGUGUGCACGUGCUCCUGUAGUGCUAGGCCCCCUGUACAUGUUGCUGAAACGAAUAGUGUCAAGUAGAAACUAUAUAGUGCUGUAGACUGAAAAGUCUGUGUAGAGAAUUGCUUCCAAUUCUGUUUGUGACAGAGGCCUUUAGCACAUGUACAGAUGACAUAGCAAAUGUGGUCUAAUUUUAUUUUAAGACAAUUGAAUGCAAGGUAUGCCAUAGUUCCUAAGUCCUAAAAACUUAGAGCUGAAAUUAAAAAUCUUUUGUGACAUCAUAACAAAUUGCAUUUUUGAAGGUAAGACUAGAAUUAACUUGUAUCGUCAUAGCCUUAAAAUGAGUCCAGUGCUAUCAUUAUUUCCAAAGCUUGAGAAUUAUUAUCUUAUGGUUCAUGCAUGAAAUAUUCUAGACCGCUUUUUUUCAUUACUAAUUUUACGUCAAUCUGGGUAUUGUUGGAAUUUUUAUGUUCAUUGAUUUGUUAGUUUUCUUUUUUGUUAUUUUGAUAUUUUGUCUAAAUAUUUGUAUAUCGUUAGAACUUUUGCAUUGGAAGGUUUUUUACAUUUUUGUUUGCUUACCUUCUUCAGCAGUCUCAUUCUUUUUUUAUGACUGCUUACAGAGCAAAACUGAAUCGCCCUAUUUUCCUAGUAUAAUAACUGUUAUCUGGUGUACUUAAAGUCGUGUUUCAUUCUUAAGGAAAUUGCUAUGUGAAAAACUUUAAUGGACUGGACUUUACGCACAUACUCACAGAGGAUGCAAACAUACGUUGACUGUUCUGUGUCUGCUUCUGAAAUUAAACCCAUUUACCUCCAAGAUCUGAUUGUCAAUUUCUCCUCUCUAGCAACAGAGCCCAGUACUACAUAUUAUCUUAUAAAUUAGUCACAAGAAUUUGUUGUUAGAUAAGAUAACAAUGUGUGCCUGUUACUUUGGAGUAUUCUCAAUACCUGUUUGCUAGAUAAGUAUGAAUAUGCUAGGGAGAGGUUAUAUGUUAAUCACUUUGAGAGUUGCACAGUUUUAAAAAAACAUGAUUACUUAUCUAAGGUUUAGGCAUAGGUUGAUGAAGUGAACUGCUUUUCACUUUGCAUGUCAGUAGUCUGUUGAUCAGAGAUGUCAAGGUGAAUGCAGUUCAUUAUUCAUUGCCCCUGGCAAGCUCUUUCACAUGUUGCUAUAAUCAUCAAAGUAUAGUAUAGUUUCACAGAGAGAGCCAACCAAAUCCAGUUUAGAUUGCCUGAUUGUACUUAUACAUGCAUGUACCCGACAGUUUUCUUUGUGCUGUGCCUUAGCCCUUUCAUGUCAAGGAUCUAUAUACCAACUUUUAGGACUUCGCAUGUAUUACGUAUACUUUUAGAUGUAAGUAUUUCGUAUUUAAUCAAAGAUAUUCCCAAGAAUGUAAUUCCAAUGUAUUCCAAAUUGGAACAUCUAGUUAGCUGAAAAAAUUCAUGUUAGGACGUUCAGGUGGUGAAAGGGUUAAAUAAGCCAUCAAAAUCAUUGGACAUAUUCCAAAUAUCAAUAAUUUAAAAGUUAAAUUAUCAACAAAGUUGCUAAAAAUCCAUUCUUAACAGAAACUGAGUACUCCUACCUGGAGAUAAUUCUUGAUCAUCGAUUGUUAUUAUUUGCACUUGCUAUCAAUAUCCACUUUUUUUUAUAUUGAAACUCAUUUGUUGUAGCAGUUGUUGUGGUAUAAUUGUGGAAGUUUGCUGCAAUUUUUCCAUCUUUGUACAUAGUUAAACAGUCAGGUUAGAUUUUUAAUAGUGUACAUAGUGCUGUGACCUGCUUUCAUGUUAAUAGUCAUGGAGUGGGCUUCUUAGGAUUAUUGAAGGUAAUUUUUAAAUUGGAGGAUAAAUCUUACCAUAAUAACUAGGAAGUUAAAAUGACAGAAAUUGAAGAACAUUUCCAGACUUUGAAAAAACCAGUAGGUGCAGAUCAUCUUCCAAAUCCCUUUGUUAUCACUACUGACAGUGUAUCAGUAUCAGCGAUAAUGCCUCAGACAGACUUGGCAAUUGUGAUACAGGGCACGACACUAACGGUAGCCCACUAGCCACAGACUAGUAGAAAUUCGGUUUUGGCUAGUGGUUUUCGAUUUCCACUA